AUGGCUGACAGUGUACCUGGUAAACUUACAGACUUUACAAAUCAACCAAACAAGGAAGUAACAAGUGCCUUUUUAUUUUGUGACCCUUGUUACCAAGAUGGAGAUAAAAAGGAAGCAGAAGGAUUCUGUGUGGAAUGUCAGCAUUACCUUUGUGAUCAAUGCUUCAAGUAUCAUUGCCUUCCUAAACCGAUGAAACAUCACAAAUUGCUAUGGAAGUCAGAAAUGCCAAAGAGAAAGGUUGAUGAAAGUCUCUCUCAAACCUGUUCACAUCAUGAGGGAGAGAUGAUUAAAUAUUACUGUAAAACACAUGAGACAGUUGGCUGCAACUCUUGUAUGAUCAUACACCACAAACCAUGCCUUGAAAUCUGCACCCUCACAGAUAUAGCUAAGGACGUGGAACUAUCACCUGCAUACAAAGAAUUCUGUACAAGAAUGGAGACAACCAAGACCAACCUAGAAGACCAGAUAAAAACUGCAAGAGCAAAUAUAGCAAUAAGUAGAUCUUGCAGAGAAAGAGCUCUUUAUGAAAUCAAAAAGUUACAGCAGAAAAUCAACAUGCAGUUUGAGUUGCAGAAGCAGGAACUUGAAAAAGAAGCUGAGGAAAAAGAGAACAAUGAAGCUAGAAAACUGAAAGAAGUCGAAGAUUCAGCCAAUAAUACAAAAAAUGUUCUAGAUGAUAUGAAAGAAGAUUUUCAAAUACUACAGGAAACAAAACAAAGCAAACAGCUAUUCAUUUCAUUGAAGAAAAAUCAAGAAAAACUGAAAACUCUCGAAGAAAAAGUAGCAGAUAUACAAAAAAUAAACAAAGUGGACAAAUAUUGUUUUAUUCCAAACAAGUUCCUGACCAGUAUGCUGAAAAAUGUGAAUGCUCUUGGUGAACUGUAUGUACAAGGGGAAACAGUAUCAGAAGACGAUCUGAAGAGUUUCUAUGGAAACUAUCCUGAAUACGGGAUGCCAAGAGGAUGCCCAAUAUCAGAUGAAAAUGUAAUCAUGCUAGAUACAAUUUACAAUCGUAUAAGGCUGUAUGCAGUAGAUGAAGAAACAUUGGUUACAGAGAAAGAAUUAACAUCAUGUCCAUGGGAUAUUACAGCUAUUGAUGAAGACCAGUUUGCAUUAACAUUGCCAAAUGAAAACAAAAUCAUAUUCAUGUCUGUUGAAGAUGAAGAAAUUAUAGAGGACCACGAAAUCAGCGUUGGUGCUAGAUGUGAGGGAAUACACUUUGCAGAGGACAAGCUGUAUGUGGCAUGCAGUAAACCUGCACAAGUUUUAACCCUGAAUACAACAGGAACAAUAAUUAAAUGUGAUACAAAAUAUCAAGCAGGUGAGCAGUUGUUCCAACAACCAGCUUAUAUAUCCUUCCAUGAUGAAAAGCAACUGAUCUGUUUUUCUGACAGAAAAGCAAGCUGCAUUGUAACUAUGGCAACUGAUGGGAAAGUGCAAAAUGUCUUCAGAAAGGAAGAUUGGAAAAUGCCUCUAACAGUUAGGAUAAAUAACGACAAGAUCGCAACUUCAGACUUCGAAAAAUUAAGGACAUCAAUAAUUGAUUUAUCUUCUGGUGAAAUUGACAUUGAUGAAAAAUUUGCAUUUAUAUUUACUAAGAAUUCUGAAGGAAUAUCGAAGUCAUUUACAUGUUUCUUUUCCACCAUUGAAGAAGACUCUGAUGAUGAAUAA